AUGUAUCCGAGCCAAAUGACGGGCCUAUUCCAGCGCGUACGAGGGGCAGUAACGCGGCAAAGGAGCUCAGACUUGAGCGGUUUGAAGGUUGUGAAGGACCCCGAGGAUGCAGAUAUAGACAUUGUAGCGGUCCAUGGACUUGGUGGGCAAGGCUUUAGAUCAUGGAUUUCAUUCGAGGGUGGCAAAUCCAAGUUCUGGCUAGAAGACCUUCUUGCAGAAGAUAUUCCCAAUGCGAGGAUCAUGACAUAUGGGUAUGUUUCCGAUGGGCCUAAUUAUCGAUACCUAGUGCACAAUGUGCUAUAUGGCAGAGCCUUGGAUUUGGUCAAGGAGUUAGGGAGUCAACGAGACCGGGAUGGAACGAGCAGGCGCCCUCUCUUCUUCAUCGCGCAUUCCCUAGGGGGGUGGAUCGUCAAACGCGCACUCAUCAUCUCCAGCGAAGCCGUAGACGCAGAGAUCAAGAACAUCGAGCUGUCGACUUGUGGAGUGGCUUUUCUGGGAACGCUGUCUCCUGGUAGGCCUCAAUCUCCAACGCCACUAGCGCAUGUAAUUCGAAGAACGACAUCAGGACUCGAUGAAAUUCCAGAUCGCAAUGCUUCUCGGACGUCCUCCAUGCAGCCCAAGGCUAGUGAUUUUGAAUGGCUGGAGAACCAAAUGGAAGCCUUCAAGGCAAUCACAGAAAACUUGCCGCAGAUAUCCUUUUACGAGACAAAACAAACGGCGGAUGGAUUUGUUGUCGAGCAACGGCAUUCCAUGUUUGGCUCCGACGGAGUACAGAUUGGGUUAUCCGCCACUCAUUCGGGCUUGAUUCAAUUUCAAGGUCGUGACGCAAACUACAAGACAUUCGUCAAUAGAUUUCGAGAACUAAUUCAUAAGGCUAAAGCCACUAAUCUAUUAGAGACGAAACGGAAGACAUUUGACGUCGCUACAGAUCAACAACUAGGGUACCUGAAAGAUAAUUUUGAUAUUCCGUACAAGCUACCUGGUGAGUCUUGCACAAUUAUACGCAGAACAAGCCAGCUCGAGCUGCUCGAAGCCAGCUUCAAGCCACCCCACGAUCCGCAAACUUUGCAUAUCAGCAUUGCCGGUCUAUGGGGAGACGCUGGCGCCGGUAAAACUACCUUGGCAAGAGACUACGCCGAAAUAAACAGGGAUAAGCUUUCCUUUAUUUUCUGGAUUUGGGCUGAGAGUUGGGAGACGGCUGUGACAAGUUAUCUGGAGUUUGCCAACAAUCUUGUUCAAUACUACUCCAAGGACGUGUCCCGAAUCCAAGUAGAAAACGAUCUUGGACUCACUGGAGUUGAGGAUAUGCUCAAGGUAAAGAGCAUCCAGGAGCUGGAUGCGUCAAGAGUCAAGUCUGUGGUCCGAGCCGUUAAGGACUGGCUUAUGAGGCCCGAUAAUGACAAAUGGCUCCUCAUCUUCGAUAACGUGGAGCCGUCCUUUGAUAUAUUCAACUUUAUUCCUCUGACUCUCACUGGUAAGAUCAUCUUAACUGCGAGAGAGAGCAGUAGCUGUAUUUGGGGGACAAAGCUACGUGUUGGGCCAAUGCUGGAUGGAGAAGCAGUAGAGCUCCUUCGUUCAGUAGUAGGAGAUAACUCUCUACAGAAUGACGGUGAAGUGGAAGCGGCCUACAAGCUGGUGCGCCAGCUCAAAUGUCAUGCUCAGUCAGUAGCCCUUGCAGCCUCCACGAUUAGCAAGAAAAGCCUUGUCGUGUCUCAUUUUCAGAGCCAGCUCCAGUCCAAUAUGCCGCUCAGGCUAUUAGGCUCGACUCUUGACCAGUCUUCCGUAACAAGGACAGUGCUUCGUGUUAGCGCAAUGCUUUCAUAUACAGUUAUCCCAGUGGCUCUCUUCAGUCCAUCGAAAGAACCAAAGAAUAUCCCAACGCGAUUUGCCGAUGCUUUUGCGGAAAUCAAAGCAUUCCAAGGUGCAAACAGGCUUGAUGACGUCUUGCAGUACCUCUUUGAUCAAAAUUUUAUACAGACUUCAUCUAGUGAGUCACCGCCAGCAUCAGCAACUUCAUCGCCGAGCUCGCCUUCUGCGUCGCAAGAUACAAACUCCUCUACAACGUCCUUUGAAACGUUCAUACUUGACCCUGCAGCUCGCGAACACGUGCGUGCUACUCUCAAAGAUGGUGAACAGAAAGAAAACGCAUGGCUAGCUUGUAACAUCUGUGUAGACGGAAUUCGGGAACAAGAAACGACUUCUUCAUACUUGCGGGAAAUUCAUGGCUUUGGAAGAAUCAUGGCUCCUCAUGCGAAAGCUUGCUACGACGACUGGUCUAGAAUCCUGGAGCAUGACGAGGACGAUGUUGCCUGGCAUGUCUUGGGGAAUGUCUGCAUGACACAAGGUGCCCUGGAGCAAGCUAUUGGAUGCUUCGAGCUCUCUCUGCAGCAGAAAUCGAACGUUGAUGCCGGUGAGAGGAUCCAGACCUCUCUAUCACUUGCAUCGCUGCUUCAGCAAACAGGGCAGCACGAAAAAAGCACAGAAGUCUUGAAGAAUAUUGACUUGGCAUCCAUUGACAAAGCGCUUGGAUUUAGAGUUGCUCUGGCCAAAGUUUCGGCAGCGACUGCGCAGGGGGAUUUCGAUUAUGCGGAAGACCAAUAUGGUGUUAUUGAACAUGCACAGGAAGAAGAGCUUGGGCCCACAGAUGCGACAACUGUGAGCACUGUGCAAAAGCUCGCGUCUACAUGGGAACAGCUGGGGAAGAUGGAAGAAGCUCAGGCGCUCUACCGUCGUGUAUACAUCUCUUACCUGAGAAUGUUUAACCAGAGCCACCCCCUGACGCUUGAAGCUCUCGAUGACCUUGCGCACGUAUCAAAGGCUAGCAACGCCAUUGACGAGGCUGAGACACUUUACAAGAAAUCACUAGAGAUCAAAACCAGGGUGCUUGGAGCAGAACACCCCAACACUGCUGACGCUAUGCAGAAGCUUGCCGUUAUUGACGAUAUGCGGUGCCGUUAUGAAGAUGCCAAAGUCAAGUAUCAAAAAGCCUUGGAUAUCAUGGCUGCCUCGAUAGGCAAAGCCCAUCCGCUUUACACAACCACAUUGGAGAAUCUAGCAUUAAGCAGUCGUCUACGUGCUAAUGCAUUGGGUGAGGAAGAUGAUACGAGAUCAAUACUCUCUGCAGAGAGUGGUACCGGCAGUCGUACUUUUCGUCACCGCGCCCGCCGUCGCCUCACAGCAAACUCAAUGGCUACCAUUACUCGAGAAAGCUAUGCUGCAAAUAAAUCCAAAGAAGAGGCCGUGCUUCGCGAUGCCUCUCGCCAGCGCGCUUUUGCCGAGGCAGAGAAACUCUAUCUCGAUGCUCUAGGCAUCAAGAAAUCUGCGGUUCUGCUGUACCGCGAGGAAGAGGUUGUUGAGACAGCGUCGAAGUUACGGGAGAUGUAUGAGAAUGAAGCCUUCUAUGAGGACUGUCGAGAUGAAAAAGUUUUGGCCUUGAUGAGCCUCUUGAGAGAGAUGAAGAGGAGAGGGACAUUGUAA